CACAAACCUGCAAGAUCAUGACCUGAGCUGAGCUCAGGAUUCUCAAGAGUCAAAGCCACCCAGGUACCCCUGAUCUGAUUUUUAAACAUAGUUGUAGUGGGGCCUUACGCUGACGCAGGGGAGCUAGCGGCGCCAGAAUGGUGCUGCUGGAGAGCGAGCAGUUCCUGACGGAGCUGCCCAGACUCUUCCAGAAGUGCCGGUUGUCAGGCAGCAUGUUCAUCACCUUGAAGAAGUGUGAUGGUCGAAUGAAACGCAUUCCAAGGAAAGGUUCUGUGGAGGGCUUUGAGCCCUCCGACAACAAGUGUCUGUUAAGGGCUGCUGAUGGGAAAAAGCAGAUCAGCACCGUGGUGAGCUCCAAAGAAGUGAACACGUUUCAGAUGGCUUAUUCAAACCUAUUGAGAGCUAACAUGGACGGGCUGAAGAAGAGGGACAAAAAGAGCAAGAGUAAGAAGAGCAAAGCAGCACAGUGGAGGGCACCAGGUUUCCUGCUUUCACCAGCUGACCGCCGAACUACGAUUUUUCCUUUGGGUUUUACUUUUGGCUGCAGAGCCAGGUUCCUGGUUCCCUUCUGAUAGCUUUUCCUGGGAGGUUAGGGUCAUUUUGGGUGGAGGAAGAGCUGCGGUGUUUACAGGGCAGCUGUAGGAAGCCAAGUUUCUCUGAGAAUUGGCUAAUUGGUAUAUGCCGGGAUUAUAAAGUCUCCGUAGCUCUCUGUGUGAAGAACAAUGGAUCAUUAAACUUAUAUUUAUCUGCAAAAAAAAAAGUUGUAGCUGUAAGGGGUACAGAUUUCCCUUAACCCAGCUUUGCCUGGAGAGCCCGCCUUGCAGACCUCCUGAUCUGCAGCGCUCUGUGCUGCGUGGGCUGCCUGUGUGAUGUGGGCCCAGAGGCGGCCCAGAGUGGGAGGUUUCUUUCAUAAAUUGCACUUCAGAAAAACGUUUUGCAUACAAAGCUUUUGCCUACUUUGAAAUUAUUUUCUUUUUAUUAAAAAAUUUUUUUUUAAUUCUU